AUGGCUGUUACCAAGAAGCUGCCCCAGGUCCCCGAGACCAUCCUGAAGCGCCGCAAGCAGCGCGCGGAAAUCCGCCAGAAGAUCAAGGCUGGAAAGGCUAAGGCCGCCAAGCGCGCCGAGGAGAAGACCGGCAAGAUCUUCAAGCGGGCCGAGAAAUACGUCACCGAGUACCGCAAGCGCCAGCAAGACCACCUCCGACUCAAGCGCGAGGCCGAGAAGUCGGGCAGCAUCUACGUUCCAGAGGAAGCGAAGCUCGCCUUCGUGAUCCGUAUUCGCGGUAUCAACCAGCUCCACCCGCGCCCUCGCAAGGUCCUCCAGCUGCUCCGUCUGCGCCAAAUCAACAACGGUGUCUUCGUCAAGUUGAACAAGGCCACCAUCCAGAUGCUGCGAAUCGCCGAGCCUUACAUCGCGUGGGGCUACCCAUCGCUCAAGACCGUCCACGAUCUCGUCUACAAGCGCGGCUUCGCCAAGGUCAACCACCGCAGGACACCCAUCACCAGCAACGACAUCGUCGAAGAAAGCCUCGGAAAGCAAGACAUCAUCUGUAUGGAAGACUUGGUCCACGAAAUCUACAACGUUGGGGAGAAUUUCAAGCGCGCCACCAACUUCCUGUGGCCCUUCAAGCUGAGCAACCCCAACGGUGGAUGGGCCAAGAAGACCAACCAUUUCGUCGAAGGAGGUGACUUUGGCAACCGCGAGGACCAGAUCAACAAGUUGGUAGCCUCUAUGCUG